AUGGAAAUCGACACGGCGCGAUCCCCAGAGUCCCAUCGCCUGUCGCCCGCGACAGACCCGCAGGCCAUACCGACUCUGGAUGGGUGGAUUGAGAGUCUGAUGAACUGCAAACAGUUGGCGGAGAGCGAUGUGCAGCGGCUGUGCGAUAGGGCAAGGGAAGUGCUACAGGAAGAGUCGAAUGUGCAGCCGGUUGGAUUCGUACGGCACUCGUUUUUUUCUUCCUCAAACUCUGACACCUUCGGAACGCUAGGGGACUACGUUGACCGUGGGUACUACUCCGUCGAGACCGUCACUCUCCUUGUUGCUCUCAAAAUCCGCUACCCCCAGCGCAUCACGAUCCUGCGUGGAAACCACGAGUCUCGCCAGAUCACACAGGUCUAUGGCUUCUACGACGAGUGUCUGCGGAAAUAUGGCAACGCUAAUGUCUGGAAGUAUUUCACGGACCUCUUUGACUACCUCCCCCUUACUGCCCUGAUUGAGAAUCAGAUCUUCUGCCUUCACGGCGGUCUCAGUCCGUCGAUCGACACCCUUGACAACAUUCGCGCUCUCGACCGGAUCCAGGAAGUCCCUCACGAAGGGCCCAUGUGCGAUCUGCUCUGGAGUGAUCCGGAUGACCGAUGUGGCUGGGGUAUCUCUCCUCGUGGUGCAGGCUACACGUUUGGACAGGAUAUUUCGGAAGCGUUCAAUCACAAUAACGGCUUGACUCUGGUUGCGAGGGCACAUCAGCUCGUGAUGGAAGGAUAUAACUGGUCACAAGACCGGAAUGUCGUGACGAUUUUCUCUGCCCCGAACUAUUGCUACCGAUGCGGGAACCAAGCAGCCAUUAUGGAAAUUGAUGAGAACUUGAAAUACACAUUCCUACAAUUUGACCCCUGCCCACGAGCCGGUGAACCGACGGUAUCGAGACGGACGCCGGACUACUUCCUUUAG